AUGACUAUUGACAAGCCCUCAGAUCGGCUGUUCAAGUACCCUCCCAUGGAGCGUCAAGACCUCAAUCAGUCCCAGCUGGGCAGCUUCAAAUUCACACCUGUUGACAAUAUCAGUUCCCUGCAAGCCAUAGCUACCUCAUACAUGAAUAACAACAUCAACACCAUCAUUGCGCGUGUCAAAGCUGGACAUUACGCUGACCGAUCUUUCAAUCAAUCAGCUGUCAACCGUGAUACGGACUUUUUCAACACCCAUAUCAAGCCUGACUUGGGCGAUUCGCGUCUGCGUCUUGGCCCUGCUGCGGUCCGCUCUGCUGUUGAGGGUGCCACAAGUCCUGUUAGACAACAACGCAUCCAACCAGAGAUCCUGUCCGUGGCACCCUUUCCCAUGCAUGAAGCUCAGAACGCCAACAUGGAUACAGACAAUUCUCCUUACAUUCCGGGCAAUCCUGGUGCAGCGUCCAUCGGGUUUCCAGACCCGGCGUUGAUCAAUCAAUCAUUGACUCUUGCUCUGUUCAAAGAACAACAAGGCCAUCAGCAAACUAGGGUGGCGUUGCAUGAAGAAAUCCAGAAGAAUCUCAGACUUGGUCGUGAGCUUGUCCACAGCAGUGAGAGAAUUCGAAAGCUCCAGAUGCGGAUGAAGUUGAUGGAAGACGGCGUCGGUGAAAAUGCUCAUGCUUCGCUUGAGCUUAACUCUGGACACGGAACUAACGGCUUUGUGAAGAGUAGCGAUCAGGAUUUCGCACGACUUAAUGGAAAGGUGGUUAUGAACGUCGUUGAGGCGACCCCUAACGACAAUGUACAAGCUCAGACUCUCGGCGCAGGACUCGCAAUAGGUGAAGUUCUGAAUGCCGAGGAAACAAUUGACCAUGCGACAAAAAAGUCUGCUUGUGAAGUCGAUGACACUCAAUUGUUUGACUUGCGACCCCUCGAAGGCGAAAGUGAAGGAUUCAAGGAUACGCUCACAUCUAACGCCCGUCGCACCUUGCGCAAACACUUCGUGGUCAAUCCUUUUCAGGAUACAAUCACUGCGACUCCUGUUCAACAGGCCUCAGACAAGCUCAUUGAGGUGUCUCCCAGUUCAAACGCCGACGAGCUUCAAUCCGUUGAAGCAAAGGUCGCUCCCCUGCUUGCAUUGUUCAAGGAGCAGCCAACGCGCACUGAGCCUGAAGUCAACAUCAACAUGUCGUCUUGUGAUGGCAUGAGAAAGCUGAAGGCAAGUCCUUUUCUGGCUGAAGAACCAGUUCUCCAACUUCCUGCUGCUUUCCUUGCCAAGUACGGAAAGAAGCCUGUUCUUACCAGUAAGGAUGGAUUGCAAGAUAGCUUCUACAGCUUCGAUCGCUGUGAGAUCAAGGACAGUGCGGGCACAGAUGGAACCAUCACUCGUGAAGGAACUGGGAGUGAUAUUCGAGCCGGAAUGAAGACCCCUGAUUCGCUCUCCUCUACGACCGCGACCACUGCCACCCUUUCCUAUGUUGGCGAAUUGCCAUCUGAAUUUCCCGGUCAACCAAAAUGGAAAAUCCAUCGAGACAAUCCGAUCUUCUACGACAACUUUGAGAAAGAACAGGCACAAUAUUUCAGUGGUUCGCCGAUGGAUUUGACUUCGCAAUUCUACAACCAUCCUGUUCGUUACCUUCCGGAUGAUGCGGUGAAGAAUGAAAAUAUCUAUCGGACAGUCAUGAUCGACGGUAUUCCAGUGAUCGCUUGUUCUAAAGACGUUCUGAAUGUUGCCCAUGGCGGAACAGUGGAAUCGUUCCAGAUGGUUGGACCUAUCGGCAAGGCAACACGCCUUUUGACUGCCCGUAUUGUCUUUGUUCUCGAGGAAGGAGCGAUGAAAAUGGCGAGCAGCAAGGACCUUGAGAUCGAUGGAGUUCCGGUGCACUGCUGGCUCGUUCGCGAACCCACUUACCCGCGAAGUGGGGAGAUGGAAGAGUUCAUCAAUGGCAUGCUCCAAGCUACCAGGAUUCUUUUCAUCAACAAUAUCACUAUUGAUCAGUACACCAACAUUCAAGGCGAGAUCAUGUGCUUUGGACUUGGUCGUGAAUUGAUUGACAUGAGCUGGGAAAUGGACAAAGGUCCAGAAGGCUAUGGACGCGCUGUCCUCGAAUUUGCUUCUAUUAAAGCUUCUGUCAAGGCAGGAAAGGGCAUCAUCCAACAUCCCGGCUACCCGCAAGCGACUUUGAGCUUUGAUGAGGACUACACAUGCAGAAAUUAG